GCCCGUUGGAUAGUAUAAAACGACAGCGCCAAUGCCAGUGGCAGUCAGUUAGCUGCAGACGACGCGACGCCACGGAACAGCUGCCAGCAGCGAACUUUGGGGCAACGCUUCUUAAUAUUCUGGUCUCGAACACGUCGGCUGCUCUCUCUCCCUCUCUGUCGCGCUCAGCUUCUGUCUCGCAAUUCAUACGCGCUUAUCAGCAGACGCUUUCGAAAUGCCGUCGCUGCAUUGCGCUUAGUUCGUAGCAUACUUUUUUGGUGUAACAUAUCAAAGCAACAGCGUCAGCAACAUCAGUCACAUCGACAACUUGCAACAUGUUUUGGAUCUUACGGCGCACUGGCGCCGCCAAUUUCUUCAACUCCCUGAACAACAAUUGCAGCUUCAGCAAGGGCAACGGCAAUGGAGGCGCCGGCGGCAAUGGCAACCACAGCAACAGCACCCAGGACAAAUACGUGAAGCGGCCGCCACGUAAGGCUUACGGCAGGCUGAGUGCCGAGGCGGACGAUGCCGUGUCUCUGGGCCAUAAAAUCGAUGAUCCAUUCGAUGAGCUAGAUGACUUUGAAAUGCUGGCACCUGGCGCCGCUAGCAGCAGCAACAGCAGCAACAUCAAUAACAGCAACGGCAACAAUGCCAACCACAACCAGAACACGAACAGCAACAAUAUCAACGGCCAAGACGAGGCCAAUGGCAAUGAGAAGGGCAUGCAGCUAUUGGCAUGUACGAACGCCGAUUGCCAGGGCAACUUUGUGGUGGAGAGCGCAUUAUGCGAGCUGGGCCUAUGCCAGGCUAAAGGCAAAUCAUCAAAGGACCUGUCAGCAGCGGCCAUGCCCAAGCAGAUUAACGAAAGCACAAUAAGCCGCCUUCACGCACUGGCCAUGGCCGACGAUGACGAUGAUUACGAUGAAUCGCUUACCUGCAAUGUGUGUGACCGAUCCUUCCAUUGUCAUCGGCAGCUGGCCUCGCAUCAGCAGAAGAAGCGACACUUUGGCUGCAGUGGCUGCGACAGUUUGUUCCCAUCCCUGAUGUUGCUGGAGCAUCAUAAGGAGGAGUUCGAGCAUUGGAGCGACGAUGAAAUGGGACGACGCGUUUGCUGUCGCCGCAAUCGCUGCGAUGAUGACUACUUUACGGACACCGACUCCUACAUCAGUGAUGCGGAGAGCGAGGACCUCGAACGGUUGUUGUAAACACUCUACAGCAACAGCUGCAGCUCGCUGAUGAGCCGCGCAGCUGUUGCCGUCGCUAAAAAAAGUGUGUGUGAUGUCAAAGGCAAAGCCUUUGGGAGCUGGCAUUGUGCGGCGUCAAUUGUAAGGACAAAAAGCUGGAUAAACGGCGCACCGGAAAUGGCCGAGAGUACAGCGAGCGAGUGUGGCCCAUAAUGAAAAUAAAUUAAACCAGCUGACAAACAAAGCUCGUGAACAAUGGCAAAUGUGGCACGCAACCUCAGCGGCUGAAAUUCGAAAACAAGUCAAAAAAAUUCUUUGCGCUGCGGCAUAUGGUAUUAUAUUUUAGAGUUUAACUGCAGACCCAUAGCAAAUGGUCUUAAAACAAACAUAAGCAUAUGUAUAUACAUAAAUAUAUAUAUAUAUAUAUAUCGAACUAGUUGUGUGUAUGCGAGUGUCAAAGAAAAACAGAAAACUUAAAAAAAACACUCUCCCAAACCUCCCUCAAAAAAAUUGAAUUCAUAUCAUAAAAUGCAUAUGUAUCAACCAAACUGAAAGUAUUUAUGUGCGAAUACGUAUGUGCAUGAGAAGAAAUAUAUAGACAAAUGAAAGAAACCUGUAUUUUUAAA